GAGAGAGAGAGAGAGAGAGUGCGAGCGCCCGUUAGAGAGAGGGACACAGGGCUGCCCUGCAAACAGCAAUGCAGAUGCAUCAUGUUGGGAGCUGAAGGGGCCCACGCUGCUUCCUGUCAUCUGCACCUCAUCACGCUCCUUCCUGCCUUCGGCGCUUCUCUGCGGCACCUGCGCGUGGUCCGCGUUUAGCCGCCGCCAGCCCUCCUCCGGGACCGCCAUGGCCUCGUCCGAUAACGACGGGUCCGGGAGCGACGUGUCCGAGCGCGCGGACGCCGGCGCCUGCUUCAAAUCCAAAAGUUUACCCAUCCUCAACGGCUCGUGUCCGACAGCGGGCGACAAGAUGGAGCUGAGCCUCGUCAACGCGACGCAGACGUCCGUCGACGUCGGCCGGAGCUCCGGGUUCGGCGACGCCCCGCGGAAGGCCGAUCCGAGCCGGCCGGACUCUCCGAGCCAGACUGACCUCUCGCCCUCCGUCUCCAGCAUGUUGGCCUUGAGCAGCUCGGCGAAAACCGACGCCGACGGCGCCAAGAGCAAAAAGCCGAGGUUCUCCCUGUCGAGGUUCGUUCGCUUUCCCGCCAGGAAGUACAUCGGCGUGAUCCUGGCCGACUCGCGUUGCUUCCUGUUCUGCAUGUGCUACCUGACGUUCAUCCAGUCCCUCAUGGUGUCUGGAUACCUGAGCAGCGUCAUCACCACCAUCGAGAAGCGCUACAGCCUGCGCAGCUCCGAGUCGGGGCUGCUCGUCAGCUGCUUCGACAUCGGCAGCCUGCUCGUGGUCGUCUUCAUCAGCUACUUCGGCGGUCGCGGGCAGAGGCCGCGCUGGCUGGCGGCGGGCGGCGUCUUCAUCGCCGCGGGAGCCGCCCUCUUCUCGCUGCCCCACUUCAUCUCCCCACCCUACCAGAUCCAGGAGGUGAACUCGUCCACGGCCAACGAGGGCCUGUGCCUCAACGGCAACGCCAGCUCCCGGGACCCGGCCGAGGGCUCCUCCUGCCCCCGGGACCAGGAGGGCAACGACCACUCCGUGUACGUGGCCCUCUUCAUCUGUGCCCAGAUCCUGGUGGGCAUGGGCUCGACCCCCAUCUACACCCUGGGACCAACGUACCUGGAUGACAACGUCAAGAAAGAGAACGCCUCUCUUUACUUGGCAAUCAUGUAUGUGAUGGGGGCUCUGGGUCCUGCUGCUGGGUACCUGCUGGGCGGCGUUCUGAUCGGGUUCUACGUCGAUCCAAAGACCAUCGUCAGCAUCGACCAGAGCGAUCCUCGUUUCGUCGGCAACUGGUGGAGCGGCUUCCUGCUGUGCGCCAUUGCCAUGCUCCUGGUCAUCUUCCCCAUGUUCACCUUCCCCAAGAAGCUCCCUCCUCGACACAAGAGGAAGAAGAAGAAGAAGAAGAAAAAGAUGAGCUCUGACGACGUCUCCAGUGACGACGACCUCAUGAAGGAGAAGUCUGGCAGCAAGGACCAGACGGUCACUUCCUCCAUGGGCUUCGGGAAGGACAUCAAAGACCUCCCGAAGGCUGCCGUCAGGAUCCUGAGCAACGUGACGUUCCUGUUCGUGAGCCUCUCCUACACGGCCGAGAGCGCCAUCGUCACCGCCUUCAUCACCUUCAUCCCCAAGUUCAUCGAGUCCCAGUUCGGCAUCCCGGCAUCCAACGCCAGCAUCUACACCGGGGUGAUCAUAGUGCCCAGCGCAGGGGUGGGCAUCGUGCUGGGCGGAUACAUUAUCAAGAAGCUGAAGCUGGGGGCCCGCGAGUCAGCCAAGCUGGCCAUGAUCUGCAGCGGGGUCUCGCUGCUCUGCUUCUCCACUCUCUUCAUCGUGGGCUGCGAGAGCAUCAACCUGGGCGGCAUCAACAUCCCCUACACCACAGGGCCAACUCUCACCAUGACCCACAGGAACCUAACGGGUGGCUGCAAUGUGAACUGCGGGUGCAGGAUCCACGAAUACGCCCCCGUCUGCGGGUCAGACGGCAUCACGUACUUCAACCCCUGCCUGGCGGGAUGCAGCGGCGUGGGCAACGACAGCGCAGGGAUCCGCAACUACACGGACUGCGCCUGCGUCCAGAGCCGGCAGGUCAUCACCCCUCCCGCCGGGGGGCAGGGCAACCAGCUCCAGCUGGUCAUCGUCAAGACCUACUUGAACGAAAACGGCUACGCCGUGUCGGGCAAGUGCGACCGUACCUGCAGCACGCUCAUCCCGUUCCUCGUCUUCCUUUUCAUCGUCACGCUCAUCACGGCCUGCGCCCAGCCCUCCGCCAUCAUCGUAACCCUCAGGUCGGUGGAGGAGCAGGAACGGCCUUUUGCACUCGGAAUGCAGUUUGUUCUCCUCAGAACUCUUGCCUACAUUCCCACGCCCAUCUACUUCGGCGCGGUCAUCGACACCACCUGCAUGCUGUGGCAGCAGGACUGCGGCGUCCACGGCUCCUGCUGGGAGUACGACGUCACUUCCUUUCGCUUCGUCUACUUCGGCCUGGCUGCCAGUCUCAAGUUCGUGGGCUUCAUCUUCAUCUUCCUCACGUGGUACUCGAUUAAGUGCAAGGAGGACCGCCUGGAGCGCUGGCAGCAACGCGCCGCCCCGCUGGGCACAGUCAGCGAGCUCGUGUGCCACGCCGGCGGACAGAAGAGCCACGCCCGGACUCGCUCCUGCCCGGCCUUCAACCCCCGAGCCGAGCCACCCGCUCUGCCCGCCCUCAACCGGGGCCCCAGCAGCCAGAGCUGCCCCGGCAACGCCCUCAAAGCAAUAAGCCCGGCCGCGUGCUCGCCGCAGGCCGCCGCCCGCAUCUGAGGCCCCGAACCGUCACGUGCCUUCCCGCUCUGCGUCCACCCCCCCCC